ACACCUGGCGCGGAGAUUUCAGGUUGCAGCUCCAUGAUAGGUCGCUCCUCCGGUACCCUGAACGACACAUCCCACUUCAUUGAGCUCGCCAGUUGUCAAUCUCGCCUGUAAAACCUUCCCCCGAGAUAUAAAAUAAGCCGCGUUGCUCUCCAGAUCCUGCACUAUUUGCCCAGACGGCAUCCGCUCCAUUCAAACACCGAGUGCGUCUCUGCUGCGGUGCGUUGCGCGCAGACUGGAGAGAGAUGACAAGAGCCCCGCGGAACUGGCCACAUAAACAUGGAUCUCUGUAAAACGCUGAUUUCGGUGCUUUGGAUAUUAUUGCUGAACAUAGAUGAACACUGUCACGCCGAGGAAGUGGUGCUGCUGAAUUCUAAAGAGACUCAGGCAGAGCUGGGCUGGACGUCCUACCCCCCCAAUGGAUGGGAGGAGAUAAGCGGUGUGGAUGAGAAGUACAAACCCAUCCGGACAUACCAGGUGUGCAACGUGAUGGAGCCCAUGCAGCAGAACAACUGGCUGCAGACCGGCUGGGUGACGCGUCGGGGGGGCCAGCGCAUUUUCGUGGAGCUCCAGUUCACGCUGCGCGACUGCAACAGCAUCCCCGGUGUGGCGGGAACAUGCAAGGAGACGUUCAACCUCCUCUACGUAGAGACGGACAGGGACCUGGGGGGCGUGACCCGGGAAGACCGCUACACCAAGAUCGACACCAUCGCCGCCGACGAGAGCUUCACGCAAGGCGACUUGGGCGAGAGGAAGAUGAAGCUGAACACAGAGGUGCGUGAGAUCGGACACCUCAACAGGAAGGGCUUCCACCUGGCGUUCCAGGACGUGGGCGCCUGCGUGGCCCUGGUGGCCGUGCGGGUGUACUACAAGCGUUGCCUAGCGACCGUGCAGAACCUGGCAGUGUUCCCCGACACGGUGGCCGAGGCGUCCUUCGCAACGCUGGUGGAGGUGCGCGGCAACUGCGUCAACAACUCCGAGGUGGACGCUGACAGCCCUCCCAGGAUGCAUUGCAGCGCCGAGGGGGAAUGGCUGGUGCCCAUUGGGAAGUGCAGCUGCAGCGCCGGCUACGAGGAAGGACACAGCAGCUGUGAAGCGUGUCCCCAUGGAGCCUACAAGAUGUCCUCCAGGCAGCAGGAGUGUUUCCCCUGCCCGGCCAACAGCAAGGCAGAGGAGGAAGGAUCGGUGGAGUGUGUGUGUGAGGAGGACCACUUCCGAACCCCGCUGGACACACCCUCAGCCGCCUGCACAAGGCCCCCCUCCCCGCCUAGAGACUUGGUGUACACCCUGAAGCAGUCCACACUGAUCUUAGAGUGGGCCGCACCCUCGGACACAGGCGGCAGGGUGGACCUGACCUACAGCGUGGGGUGCCGGCGAUGCGUUGGGAGGCAGUGUGAGCCGUGUGGGACGAGUGUGGGCUUCGUCCCUCAGCAGGUGGGGCUGACGGAGAGGACGGUGACCCUGGUCAAUCUCCUCCCCAACACCAACUACACCUUCACUGUCGAAGCCUUGAACGGAGUGUCAGAGCUGCUGCCCAACAAGCGCUUCUACACCCAGGUCAACGUGUCCACAAGCCUGCCAGCGCCCUCUCUGAUCAGCGAGCUGCGAGCGGAGAAGAUCGAGCAGAAGGGCCUCACCCUGGUGUGGAGGCAGCCCUCCUACCCAAACAGCAGCCGCACCGAGUACGAGGUCAAAUACUACGAGAAGGAACAAAAGGAUCAGAGUUAUUCUACUGUGAAGACAGCCGCCACACGGAUCAGUGUCAACAACCUCAAACCCGGCACCACAUAUGUCUUCCUCAUCCGCCCGUUCUCCACGCCGGCCCCCUCCUCGUCCCUGUCCUCCUCCCCUCUGUCAUCCUCCGCCUCUUCGUCCUCCGCAACUUCUUCAUCAUCUUCCUCAUCGUCGUCCUCCUCCUCUCCGGCGCCCAUCGACUACGGAGCGUACAGCGCCCCCCUGGAGCUGCAGACACUUGGCGAGUUGGCACUGGCGUCCAGCGAACAGAAUCCAGUGGUGAUCAUCGUGGUGGUGUCCGUGGCCGCCCUCAUCAUGCUGCUCUCCAUGGGGGUCGGUCUGCUCAUCUGGAAGAGCGUCUGCUCGAGCUCCUCCAAUGUAACUCCUGCUAGCGUGGUGCUGCUUUCGACCUCCUUCUCCACUCUUCCUCCUCCUCCUCCUCUUCUCUCUCCUCUUCCUCCCUUCACACAGCUGAUGCCCAGACAAUGCGGCUACAGCAAGGCUUCUCAAGAGGGCGACGAGGAACUUUACUUCCAGUUUAAGAUCCCAACACGGAGGACCUACAUCGACCCGGAGACCUGCGAGGACCUGCUUCAGGCCGUGCACGCUUUCGCCAAGGAGCUGGACAACUCCAGCAUCAAGAUCGAGAGAAUUGUGCACACAGGUGACUUUGGGGAGGUGUGUCGCGGCUGCCUGAAGCUGCCCAGUAAGAGGGAGCUACCAGUGGCCAUAAAGACGUUAAGGGCGGGCUGCUCUGACAAACAGCGACGCUCCUUUUUAAGCGAGGCCGGCAUCCUGGGGCAGUUUGAUCACGCCAACAUCAUCCGGCUGGAGGGCGUCAUCACCACGGGUAACACCAUGAUGAUCAUUGUGGAGAGCAUGACCAACGGAUCCUUAGAUUCCUUCCUCAGGAAACAUGAGGGCCAGAUGAGUGUAAUGCAGCUGAUGGAUAUGCUGACCGGCGUGGCAUCGGGGAUGAAGUACCUCACCGAAAUGGGCUUCAUUCACAAACGGCUGGCCGCACACAAGGUGCUGGUUAACUCCAGCCUGGGCUGCAAGGUGUCUGGCUUCAGACCUCUGCAGGACGACAAGAUAGAGGCCAUCUACACCUCACUGCACGGAGGUAAGAGCGUGGUGCUGUGGACCGCUCCAGAGGCCAUCCAGUACCACCGCUUCUCCUCCGCCUCGGACGUGUGGAGCUUCGGCAUCGUCAUGUGGGAGGUCAUGUCCUAUGGAGAGAGACCCUACUGGGAUAUGGGCAACCAGGACGUGAUCAAGGCGAUCGAGGAUGGUUUCAGGCUGCCCGCUCCAGUAAACUGCCCCCCCCACCUCCACCAGCUGAUGCUGGACUGCUGGCAGAAGGAGAGGACGGAGAGGCCCAGCUUCAGCCAGAUCCACUCAGCCCUCAGCAAGAGCAUUCGCUCCCCCGAUGGCAUCGGCUCCUCCACGUUGUCACGCAGAACCCUGAGUUCCUCCAUCACGCUGGCAGAGAGGCCGCUGCACUCCUUCCCAGCAUUCAACUCUGUGGGGGAGUGGCUGGACGCAGUGGACAUGGGCCGAUACAAGGACAACUUCACCGCCGCAGGGUACUGCUACCUGGAGUCUGUGGCCCGGAUGACCGUCCAAGAUGUGCUGAGUCUUGGCAUCACUUCCCUUGAGCACCAGAAGCUGAUACUGGCCGCCAUCCAGACCCUCAGAGCGCAGGUCAUCCAGAUGCAUGGGCGCGGGGUGCAGGUCUAACUAACGGGGGGGCGCCUGCUCUCAACCUGCAGACCCUCGUGUGUGCAGACGGAUGAUGGGGUGGAGAAGAGGAGAGAAAGAGAGGUCGCUCUUCCAGACAGAAGGAAAGAUGAGCAGAUCUUUCAGCUAGCUGCACUCUAUCUACUCCUCCUUCCCACACAUCCUCAUGCCUUCCUUGAUUCCUUUCUUCCUUAUUUUUUUGUAACCUCUCAGAGACGAGUUCCUGUCGCCGUUGGGGGGAUAGCAGAGGAUUGAUGUCACUGACUUUUUUUUUCUGUGACCUCUAUCUGCACUUCAAUAACUAUGUCAGCUCCAUCACACUGGUUCUGGAUCAGUGCGUAAAGGCAGAUUAAAUAUUGUCUGAGCAGGACGCUCUCUGUCUGAAGCUGACCUCCAAGCUGUCGGACUAGUGCUUAAAGGAAAAAUAUAAGGGUAGAAUUUCCCUUUAACACAUUGAUUGAAUAAAAACAGUAUGUGGCCACACCCAGGGACUAUUUCCUUUGCCUGGGAUGAGUUGCUCUGAUACAGAAUCAUAUCGUUGUACGUCAGAGCGUAUUUCAUCAGAUGUUAGAGGAACAUUUCUGAUGAUCCAACAUGGCUGCAGUAGCUUAAGAAGACUGUGCUGUCCCAUGUCAAGGAUCCAGUGAGAGUGAGGUUAGAUGAGGCCUAAAUGAAAGCCUACAGUAAAUUAGUCUUAUAUUCAGUAUAUAACGUGUGCAGACGUUAGGAACGUUUCCCUUGGGGCUACUGAUGGUCGAACAAAAGCUGCAGGAUACAAUUGUAAAGGUUGAAAAUGUGUGUUUGAUUGUUCAUUAAUUUGUUGUGCGUCGCUGUCAUAGUUUCUUUUAUAUUUCUCUUCUUUCCAGUUGUUUACUUUGUGCAUUUAAAACUAAUUCUCCCUUUCCCCUGCUGGAUGUCUACUCCAUGAUCCCCCUCACUACUCUGUAUAGAGCACGGGCUAACUCUGGAAGAUGGCCAGAUUCAGAUAUUUAUCCAUAUUUAUUUAUGUUUACAGACUGUACCACAAACCUCUUUAAAGAAGAGUUUGAGAAGGGUUAUUUAACUUAUAGUAUUUUAAAAAAUAAAGCAGUUGUGUUCUUGUUUUUUUUAUUUUACUGCUGAGUUUAUAACUGAAUAAAUGAGUAGUUUUGUACACUGGAGGAUUUGUACUGUGGGCACACAGUAUCUGUGUAUUCUUGAACACUGGAGCUGGUACGGUUGAAGUUGAGGUCCAUUAUCUUUGGAUUUGCUGUAUACAUGACAGUGUGUGUGUUGCAGUAUGAAUACAGUAUUAAGGAAUGUCAUAUGGACUUUUUUUCUCUAUGUAAAUGUUAGAUUAUCAUGUUUAAUUUUGCGUUGCUGUUAAUAUCUGGCUCUGCCAUGCUACGUGGUUGCACUUUUUCCCCAGAUAACUCCCAGAAUUCUCCCUGUACAGCAAUCUCACCUUUUUUGUUUCAAUACAGGAGACUUGAGCGAGGACGUUUAUUGGGGCAUUAUCAUAGGUUUUCACAAUAAAAAGGUACAUUCAUUUCUGACUGAAAUAUUGUAACUGGUUUGUAUUUGGAACAAAAUGAGUUUUUCCUCCUUGUACGCUACUUUCUCUGUAUCCGUUUUGUCAAAUGAAAUAAACUCAUGUGUCCUUUAUAGACGGAAUCACACACAUAACACACCAAUGGUCCCUUUGACACACACAAAAGACUCCACACACACACACACACACACAGUUGCUUUCACACAAACUGGACCUCUUCAACACAAUGAAUGAAACUUCCCCUCUGUCCCUCUCUGUUACUGUGACCAUUAUGAUAUAUGUUUAAUACUGUAAAUAUGUACUUGAAAAUGCUAAAUCUAUUUUUAUAAUUUGUUUGAGAAACAAUGUGUUGAAUAUAAUAUCUGCUCACUGUGUAAGGGUUUUAUUUGUUGAGUCUAGGGCCAUAGCCAAGAAAAGGUGUUUGGAAUAUAAAAUUGAAAAAAAAACGUUUUAUUUGUUAGUUUUUUGAUGAUUUUUACCUGUUAGAAGAAAAUCGGAUGGCUGUUGCAAUAUUGAAACUAUUAAAACAUUUCCAAUACAAAAA